ACAAGUCUUGUGCCAAACGGUCCCUUGUCUGCUAAACUCUCCUCUCUCUGUUCUCCCGUUGCACAGCCAAAGCCAAAGCCUUAUCUGUCUAUCUAGCCAUGGCGUCUACAUUUGUUACUGUACCAACAACAAGACCCUUCCUGUCGGUAAACAAAACCAACGCUCUCUCUCUCUCUCAGCUCAAACUCGCAGGACUGAAGAGGAAUUCUUUGAGGAUUAAUGCGAUUUCCAAGAAAUGGGAACCCACUAAGGUUGUUCCACAAGCUGAUAGAGUUCUUAUCCGUCUCGAGGACCUUCCUGAGAAAUCGUCCGGUGGAGUUUUGUUGCCCAAAUCAGCUGUUAAAUUUGAGCGGUAUCUAAUGGGGGAGGUUUUGUCUGUUGGUGCUGAGGUUGGGGAAGUGGAGGCAGGAAAGAAGGUUCUUUUCUCGGACAUCAAUGCUUAUGAGAUUGAUUUGGGAACAGAUGCUAAGCAUUGCUUUUGCAAAGCUGGUGAUUUGUUGGCCGUCGUGGAGUGAUAUCUCUGGAUUUCUGCCAAUUUUGAAAAGACCUACUCCCUACAACGAGGGAGUCAAUUUCGCUAUUCUGUCAGUGUCAAGUUAUGUGGGAUCUUCAGACUGUUUGUAUUGAAGUAAACUCUAGAUUUAGAGGUUCUUUGUUACGUGCUGUUUAAACUCCCUCCUUCGAUGUUUAAAAAAACGAGAGUUUUUGUUUCAGGCAGCCAAUAAUAUUAUGCAUUAAUGGCUGACGUUGACGA